AUGCGGUUCACCCUUGCUUGCCUCGCUGCUCUUGCGUCUUCCGCCGCAGCCUAUAUGAUCAACAGCCCAAUGGGUGGUGAUAGAGUCUACCUCCAGGGGGGAACCACGAUUACAUGGGCCGCUGUUGAGAGCGAUGCUCCUUUGUUUGAUCUUUGGCUUGUCAAUAUGCGACACUUUCCCCCGUACGCAAGGCGCAUCCAACAAGGUAUCAACAGAAAUGCGCUUUCGUACAGCGUGCAAGGUGUGAGCGAUGUCCCGCCGAACACUGGAUAUCAAUUCAACUUCGUCCGGCACAAUGCCGAUGAGAAUGAGGCCAAGGAGCGCCCGUUGGCUCAGUCAGCGGACUUUGAUGUUACCGCAACUGGCCUUAUUUGA